UGCACUAGGAGUAAAAUAGUAGAAAUUAGAUUGGAACACCCAAUUGAAAGCAUUGAAAGCACUGUUCAUUUCUUAUAAGUUUUCUAUUUGUUAAGGUCUACGUUUUCCCAUAGACAUUGGAACUAUUAGUGCUAGUGCUAGUGCUAGUGCUUGUGAAUGGAGAACCAGAGCAACACUUAAAGCUUGAAAUUGUUUCUGUUCUGAGUCCCAUUGCUAAGACCUCUCUGCAAGCCAAUCAGGGAACUUGACACAGAAGCCCAUCUUGUUUCGGACGUAUACCCGCUUGAAAGUCCUAAAGCUCAGCCAACUCCACUACCCUUGUUCCAAAGGACUGAGAUAGGUGUACAGUUAUAUGAAAUGGGGGAACCAUCGUUUUAUGAACGGAUGAUCAAUCAUCUCCGUGCAACAUCCAAGUAUUAUACUGGUUAUCCAAAGGAUCUUGGGCCAUCACGAGUUAUUGAUUUUACUUCAGAGCGUGACUUUGUUCAUCUUCUUCAUGAAGGUUAUCCAGUGGUUGCUGCUUUUACUAUCAGAUGUAAUCUUACUAGACAUUUGGACAAGGUACUGGAGGAAGCUGCAUCUGAGUUCUAUCCACAUGUAAAAUUUAUACGUGUUGAAUGUCCAAAAUAUCCGGGUUUCUGUAUUUCACGGCAGAAAACGGAGUAUCCAUUCAUUGAAAUAUUUCAUACUCCAGAGCAAGCACCAUCUAAUCAAGGAAGGAUUGUGGAUACAAAUAUUACAAAGUACUCGGUCAAAGUUAUUCCUUACAACUACGAUCUUAGUGCCUAUGGAUUUAGAGAGUUUUUCAAGCGCCACGGAAUAAGGUCAUCAGAUCCAAAGUGAGAGGAGAUUGGGAGGUGAAAUUCAAUUUGGUCAUUUGUUCCUUAAGGUUUGAUCAAUCUCGACUUUAUACACUGAAAGACAAUAAACUUUGGAACAGUGGUAAUAUUAUAUCUCUUUACUAAAGUUUACAUGGAGUUAGGCAUGUGUUUCAGAUUAGCCGUUUUUCUCUCGAAGAAGAACGAAUAUCAAAUUGUUUUAAAACAGAUGUAAUUUUAUCCAGUUUAAUUAAGAUCUAUCACGGGUUAUGAAAUUAAGCACUUGUGUGAGUGAGAAUUACAUUGCUCACAGUAUAUGGAUUUUAUCUUCGUUUAGUAUGGAGGAUGCUGAUUCCUAACUGGCACAGUUAUUGAUUUUAAUUAA